GCACCUGACCAGCAGCAAGGAAGCAAAAGCACGAAACUUGCAUUUAUUAAUAGUUGACUUACCGUGGGCCUAAUGGGAAAAUAACCUUGAUACUUUAACGAGGAUCAUGGUCAGAAAAUACAUCUUAUUUGCUAUUGUUUUGCUGUCUUACGUUUCCUGGAUUGACAACACAGACAGUUUCAAUGGGCUAAAAUUAAAACUCUCCAAGUACUCCAUUGUAAAUCCUCAGGUGGUUCACAGAUGGAAAAGGAGCAUCAACAGACCGCCACAGUCGAAAGACAAACAUGGAGAGGAGACAAUAUCAUAUUCAGUCAACAUAAACAACAGGAAGCACCUCCUUCAUCUAAAACGGAACAGAGACUUUUUGCACCCAAACUUUGUUCAGUACUCAAGUGACGCCACUGGCAACACUGAGGCAUCAUAUCCAAAACAGCAUGUGCAUUGCUAUUACCAUGGAGAGGUGGAGGGAUAUGAGGAUUCAUUGGUAGCACUCAGCACAUGCUCUGGCCUCAGGGGUGUAAUCCUCCUUGGAAAUGAGACAUAUGGACUUGAGCCUGUGCCACAGUCCCCCACCAACGAGCACCUUCUGUACCUACUGAAGGACGAUGACUCCGGGCCCGUCACUUGUGGGGUCGUCAGUGAGGCUUCAUCAACGCAAAGCCAUGAACCCUUUGAGCCAGGCAAAUCACUGACUUCAAUGCUGCGGAAGAAGCGCAAUUUACCAGAAACCAGUUAUGUGGAGUUGGUGCUGGUUGCCGAUCAUCAAAGGUAUACUUUUAAGAAAAACAAUGAGACGGCUGUACGAGAGGAAAUAGUGCAGAUGGCUAAUCUACUGGAUGGGUUUUACAAGCAGCUGAAUAUCCGUGUGGUGCUGGUGGGCCUGCAAAUUUUUAAGGACAGUAACCCCUUUGAUGUGGAAGGCUCUCCAGGAUCUGUGUUGGGCAGGUUUGUCCGGUGGAGGAAGACUGUUCUGUUACCAAAGAUCAGGCAUGACAUGGCUCAACUCCUUAUUGGUCCGCCUACAUCAUACGGUAAUGUAUUGGGUAUGGCCUUCGUGGGCACGGUCUGCCACGCAGGGACCGCUGGAGGAAUCAACUUGUUCCGCGAGGACAACCUGCUUUCUGUCUCCACUGUGGUGGCCCAUGAGAUGGGUCAUAACCUGGGCAUGAAUCAUGACCGUAAUGGAUGCAGCUGCAAUGCGAAUAUAUGCUUCAUGUCAAGCGUUGGGGGUUCCGCUUUCAGUAGCUGCAGUGAAGAAGACUUUGAGAAUCUGAUCUUACGCGGAGGAGGCACAUGUCUGAAAAACCAGCCAUCCCCCUCAGAUGUGGUUGGUGUAGCUGAAUGUGGCAAUGGCCGACUGGACAAAGGAGAGCAGUGUGACUGUGGCAAACCAGCGGAAUGCAAAAGUAAAUGCUGUGAUGCUGCCACCUGCAAAUUCAAAUCUGGGGCCGUCUGUGCUCAGGGAGGCUGCUGCGCUAACUGUCAGAUCAGAGUCUCUGGAACACCAUGCAGAGGGUCUGUCAACACUUGUGAUCUUUCUGAAUACUGUGAUGGCAAGACUGAGUUCUGUCCCGGUGACUACUAUGUCAUGGACGGCCUGCCCUGUCAAGACCGUCAAACUGCUGCGUACUGCUAUGAGGGCCAAUGCCAGACGUAUGAUUUCCAGUGCAAACAUCUCUUUGCACCAGAUCCAGCAACAAAGGCAGCAGAUAUUUGUUUUGAUGCCAUAAAUGUGGGGGGAACCAUAUUUGGUAACUGUGGAAUUGGAAACAACGGACAACUUAUCAAAUGUAGUUCAGCAGAUUCCAUGUGUGGGAAGUUGCAGUGUGUCAACGUGGACUUGAACACCGUGCCCACUGGUGCCCAUAUCAGUGCCACAGACAUUGACGGGGAAAGGUGUAUUAAUGCAGACUUCAACCUCGGCCCAGAUGUGCUAGAUCCUGGCUAUGUGAACUCUGGCAGCCCUUGUGAGGAAGGAAAGGCCUGCCUGGAUUUUAAGUGUGUGAACGCCUCUGCUCUGCUGCCCAACUUGGACUGUGAUGCCCAGACCACAUGCAACGGCAGAGGGGUAUGUAAUGACCAAGGGAACUGCCACUGUGAAAAUGGGUGGGCCCCACCUAAUUGUGACAAGUCAGGGCGUGGUGGCAGCAUAAACAGUGGUCCUGCUCAGAUAGACCACUCCCUCAGGGACGGACUGUUGAUCUUCUUCCUGUUGGUGGUUCCUCUUCUGGUCCUUCUCAUCCUGGUGCUGCUCUACUUCUUCAGGAGAGACUCCCUGGACCUGUGCCUAAAAGGACGAAGCCUCAAGUCGCGUAAUGUUACAAAUGGAAACGCAAAUGGGAACUCAAGUGCCACAACCCAGCCUCCAUCACGAGCUCCUUCUGAUCAGGUUGGAUAUCCACCAGCUACUGCAGUUCCAAUUCCUGGUUUCAGGCCUGGAGAACUGGAUUAUUGGAAUGCAGAGGAAAGCACUGCCCCUGCACAACCACCAGCUCACAGGCAGGGCCCUGGAGUACCCGCACCAAUCCCACCCAGGCAGCCAGCUAGUUGAUUCUCUUUUAAUACAAACUAUAUUCAAGUUUAUUGUGAAUAUAUAUGGAGUUUACUACAGCCCAAGUGAGAUGAGUUUAAAACACUGUGAUAACAAAAUAGUUAUUUUACCUUGUUGCCAGCACUUUUUUAAAGGUUUACUGUAGUAAUGUGGUGGUGGAUGAGGUUUAUAGGCAAGUGAAUAUUUAUUGGAAUAUAUGUGGUUUUAUUAGAUUGCCGUUUAUCACUUAUUGGGAAUUUAUGCACAUAAGGUAUCUCUUUAAAUAUCCCCAAACAUUUUGUAUUUUAUGUUACUAUGCAUUUAAAUAAUUUAAAUAU